AUGGCGAAGAGCAAAAGCCAGUCCCAGCGUUCCCGCGCAGCGCGGAGAGCAGCAUCCCCAAGUCUCGACCUUGACAAGUCGUUGACUUCGCUUCCACGAGCGGAAUCUCCUAACACAACAAGGCCUUCGGUUCUGGCUGACCGUGCGACUUCCGGGAUCCAGAAAAAGCAGAAAAAAAAUGACAAGGUUUCACGGGCCCAGCGAUUAAGGCAACAAAAGGGAAUGGACCGAGCCGAGGCCGUGAUGGAUCAAUUGGAAAUCAAGAAGGCCAAAAGCAUGGCUCGCGGCAAGACCGUCAACUCCCGAAGAGCUGAUUGGGACGACACCAACCGCAAAACCAUGGCGUUCAACGCUCUCCAACAAGAUGACGACGACGAGGAUGACGAGGAUGAUGAUGUGAUGGCCGAAGAUUCUGCACCUCCCAAGAUUGCUGUCGCAAAGAAUGUCUUCCAAAUUGAAACCACUGAAGACUCCAAUCUCACAACUGACGAUUCUACGACUGUCGAUGAAACCGACGAGAUCACCUAA